AUGAGUGGAGCUCAUUCAGGAGUACAAACAAGAAUAAAAAAUAUUGUGCCAUCAGUCAAGUAUGUCCAUUGCUGUAGCCAUAAUUUAAAUCUAGUGAUUUCAGAUGCAGCCAGAUGUCACAAUAAAGUAAAACGUUUUUUUGAAACUGUUCAAACAGUGUUCAAUUUUUUUGCUAGUAGCUCUCCAAGAUGGACUUUGUUAGCUUUAGGUCAAGAUUUUGGCAAUAAAGUUUGGAAUAAAGUUUUAAAGAAAGUAUGUCCAACAAGGUGGGGAGCUUGGCAUGAUGCUGUGUUUUCACUCAAAGAACGUUUAAUUGAUAUACUUAAAGCUUUGACUUUUAUUAUCCUUACCAGCAAGAAAACAACCAAACAAACCAUGGCAUCUGGUUUGAAAAUAAAAUCGAAAAUUUUGAAUUUGUAUCAAUAUUGUGUACAUUGGAAUCUAUAUUACGAUCUUGAAGAAUAA